AUGGCGCUCCUAGCACUUCCUGCGGAGCUUCACCUGGAGAUCGGAAACCGCUGCACAGACAAGGACCUCAAGAAUCUCAUCGAAACACACCCCUUGCUCCGUGCGCGCCUUCAAAACGAACUCCACAAGCGUGCGCUAUCCUGGCAACCCACGGAGAAUGCCGAAGACAAACCUAGAUGGACUGAUGAGGAACGCACAACUAUAUUUUCGGCAGUCCGUCUGAAACGUGUACACCAUGUGGAUUAUCUUCUCCGUCAUGGCAUCAGCGGGAUCAAGGAUAAUGGCGAUUGGCGUCUUCUAGGGCAUACACUUGAGUUUGGCUCUUCGGAAAUUCUCACUAGGCUACUGCGAUACCUGUCCGACUAUGGUCCCAUCUGCAUGAAGCCCGAGUGGUCGACGAAAAUUCUUGGAGUCUACUUGUCACUAGUGCCCCAGUAUACCUUUCAGUCCUCCGAAUCCCGCGAGCAUCUACCAUCGUGUGAGCGCCGAUGGGCUUCGACUGAGGCCGAGCUCGAAGUCGUGAAAUGCCUGCUAGAUCUUGGGGCUCAUCCCAUGGGCUUCUCGCUCUUCUCUGGUCUACAAGAAGCCGAAGACGUGUUUUACGAUGAUCCUUAUGGCCUAUCGGCAUACCCACCAGACGUGGGAGGUGACUACGAUCAUCAACCAUUCACUUUCAGAGCCAAAAAUGCUCGCAUGCUCAAACUUCUUGUCGAUGCGGGAGCAGACAUCCAUUGGAAGACUCCAGCGCUCUCCUGGUUCGCGCCCAUGUCAGUGAUCUUCAAAGCCUGUUAUGAUGCCGAAUCUUCCCCUGGAGUAGUUCGAGAACUCUUAAAACUCGGUGCCGAUCCGAACUGCUGCCAUUCUGGAAGGCACCCACCUCUGAUCUACCUCCUCAACGGUUCGCAAGAUCGACUUGUGAAAGCACACCAUCUCCUUGACUACGGCGCAGACGUUACUACAAGGGACUACUCAGGCGAUCGCUUCAUUGACAAAGUUUCAAUGUAUGAGGAACAAGUAUCCAUCUUGAAGAAAGUCAUUUCAGUCACACCAAACAUCGACGAAUGCAACAGACACGGCUACACAGCAUUGCAAGUAGCAAUCAAAUAUGGCCGGCUUCAUUACGCCCGACUGCUCACCAAAGCCGGCGCAAACGUGUGGGCAGAAUGCAAGGGCAACGGCCUGAUGGGUCUAGCAGAAUACCAUCUGGGCUAUGGCGGCGUUUAUGGUAUGAAGAUCGACCAUGGCACUCUCGACCUUCUAGGCGACAAUCCUUGGGAGCAUCGAGAUGAUCUCGACUAUUCAUAUGACCUUCGCCGAGCUAAUAGGAUCCGGUUCUUCACUGACUAUGCACUUGAGUCUCACGACUUAAAUCUCAUUCCCGCACAGGAGGCUCACUCUCAUGCCUUGAGGCGCGAGCAUGUUGAAUCAAGAUCCCUCGGCUCUCAUCAUCAACUGAGUAUUUCUUUCAAGUUCCUUUGGAAAGCUCUUCUCAACAUCAAGGACGCCCUGGAUCGAUUCCCAGAUAGAGGAGGGUGGAAAGGUAUGGUAUUUCGGAAGCAGUUGAGAGACUGGUACGCGAAAGGUAUCGAAGAUCAAAUUGGUGAGCAGGACUGGAUGAACUGGUCACCCGAAGAAUGGGAUAUCGACCGCCAGAACCAAUGGUGGAUGAAGGACACCUCAGAGUUCAGUAUGCGUUACGACAUCAGUUGGGCUGCAAAUAACAGUGUUCAUUGAGCGUCAAGGUACUGAUAGCGCUCAUAUGGUUAGUUGCUUCACUCGAAGCUUCGAGGUUUACCCGUCUCAAUGCUACUUUCUCAACUCUCUCAUGAAUUUGCUUGCAUUAGUCAAAUCCUCAAGCUUUCAAUCAAAUUUUCUUCUAAAGGUG